CAGAUUAUUACUCUAAUGAGCUGUUGUCGUUCUAGGCCUAAUCUUCAGAUCAGAGACAACCUCUUUUAUCUUGAUGUAGGGUCCCCAGCCCUCUUUGGAAUGUGUCAUGCCAGCCAAAGGCAAAGGGCAGAUAACUUCCCUUUGAUUAAAUAUGAUGCUGUUCCAAUCCAGCCGAGUGUGGUUAUAUGUUCCUGUCCAUCCCCAUCUAUGGUGAGGAACCAAGCAGAUUCUAGCAGUCCAUCUGUCAUUACCACCUGUGGCAGCAGACAGGGAUCUAACAUGGAGGGAACUGCAGCUGAAUCAAGGUCUAGUUCAAACUCCCUUCAGCAACAUUCAGGACAACAGCCUCCACAGCCUCGAAAAAAACGACCUGAAGACUUCAAAUUUGGGAAAAUACUGGGUGAAGGAUCUUUCUCGACAGUUGUCCUGGCCCGAGAAUUGGCAACUUCCAGAGAAUAUGCCAUUAAAAUUCUAGAAAAACGUCAUAUCAUAAAAGAAAAUAAGGUACCCUAUGUGACCAGAGAGAGAGAUGUAAUGUCCCGUCUGGAUCACCCUUUUUUUGUGAAACUCUACUUCACAUUUCAGGAUGAUGAAAAGCUGUAUUUUGGACUUAGCUAUGCCAAAAAUGGCGAGCUUCUAAAAUAUAUUCGCAAAAUUGGCUCAUUUGAUGAGACCUGUACCAGGUUUUACACUGCUGAAAUUGUAUCAGCAUUAGAAUACUUGCAUGGGAAGGGAAUAAUUCACAGGGACCUUAAGCCAGAGAACAUUUUGCUAAAUGAAGAGAUGCACAUUCAAAUAACAGACUUUGGAACAGCAAAAGUAUUAUCUGCAGAUAGUAGACAAGCACGGGCAAACUCAUUUGUUGGAACAGCACAAUACGUUUCUCCGGAAUUGUUGACAGAAAAAUCUGCCUGUAAAAGUUCUGACCUCUGGGCUCUUGGAUGUAUAAUAUACCAGCUUGUAGCCGGAUUGCCACCAUUUAGAGCUGGCAAUGAAUAUCUUAUAUUUCAGAAAAUAAUUAAGUUGGAAUAUGACUUUCCAGAAAAAUUCUUCCCCAAGGCAAAAGACCUUGUGGAAAAGCUUUUGGUUCUGGAUGCUACAAAGAGAUUAGGUUGUGAAGAAAUGGGAGGGUAUGGACCUCUUAAGGCUCAUCCAUUCUUUGAAACCAUUACAUGGGAGAAUCUGCAUCAUCAGACACCCCCAAAGCUCACAGCCUAUUUACCUGCUAUGUCUGAAGAUGAUGAGGAUUGUUAUGGAAAUUAUGACAAUCUCCUGAGCCAGUUUGGUUGUAUGCAGGUUUCUGGUUCAGCAUCCUCCCAUUCACUGUCUGCCCCGGAGACGAAUCGCCCACAAACAUCAGGCAACAACAUAGAACAAUACAUUCACGAUCUUGACAAUAAUUCCUUUGAAUUGGACUUGCAGUUUUCUGAAGAUGAGAAGAGGCUACUACUGGCAAAACAGGCUGGUGGAAAUCCGUGGCACCAGUUUGUAGAAAACAACUUAAUACUAAAAAUGGGUCCAGUAGAUAAAAGAAAGGGAUUGUUUGCUCGUCGGCGCCAGUUAUUGCUCACUGAAGGGCCCCAUCUCUAUUAUGUGGAUCCUGUCAACAAAGUUCUGAAAGGAGAAAUUCCAUGGUCACUAGAGCUGCGACCAGAAGCCAAGAAUUUUAAGACUUUUUUUGUUCAUACACCUAACAGGACAUAUUACCUGAUGGACCCAAGCGGGAAUGCUCAUAAAUGGUGCAAAAAGAUACAUGAAGUUUGGCGGCACAGAUACCAUCAGAAUGCUGCUAAAUAGUAACGCUCAUCCAAAAUGUCCCAGUCUCCCCACUUGCUGCUAGAACUCCAUGUGCAGCCGAUCAGAGGAAUCUUCCCAACCCAUCUAUUCUCCAUCUCAAGGGGAAGCAUAUGUCUGAAAUAUUUUUUUUAAACAAGAAACAUAAAUGGAAUUCAGGGUCGCUUUGCUUGCUCUUUGUGCUUCUGUUGAGGCUUCCACAUGCAUAUCGUUGAAGUGAGGAUCUUGCUUUUGUGCACUUCAGCUCUGUUUCUGCUGAAAACUAAUGGAUAAACCUUGCAUUACCAGCUUUACUUAAGAUCAUUUAAAACCAAUCUACACGCACACACCCCAGAUCAUGUACCAGUCCUGCACUUUAUGAGGCUGGGAUUAUUUCUGUGACUUUCAGAUUAUCAUUAAACUGUAUUUCAUCAGGGAGCUUUUAAAUGCCUCUGCUGAGGGGUAACCAGCACCUCUUCUCUUUAUUUUCUGUCUUUUUUUUUUCCUGCUUAUUGGUAUCUGACUCAGUCAGAUUGGUUGCACCCUUGCAUAACUCCUAAUACAAUUCUGGUUGCAGGAUUUCCGUGGUACUUAUUAUAAUUAUGUGAGUAAAUCAGAUGUAUGUGUCUGACAGACAGACUCCAAUGAUACAGUUGUAAGAAAGUAAAAUACUGAACAUGGCACUGAAAAUUUUCUAAAAUUUAAAUUCUGGCUUUUGACGUUCAUAAAGUUUUAAAUAUGGAAUUUUAAUUUGAUGCAUUUACAUGUUUAAUCAAGGGACAGUAAAGUUACCAGCAUGCUUUUAACUAAUACUAACUAAAUUAAUUUAACUAGUUAGUAUAAAAUGUUACUCUUGAGAUAGUAAUUAGACUCUUCACCUUUUCAGGAGUUGAGGGCAAAUAGCUUCCUUUCCAGGGUGUGCAUGUAUUGUGCAUUUUAGUGGGGCCAACCUAUUUUACUUGGGUAGAGAAGGAAGAGUGAAAACUUUGAUGUACAAUUGAUGACUUGAUUUGUCUCUUUGUAUAAUGAGAUGUAAAAAUAUUCUUGUCCUGGUCAUUGACCAAACAACUUGCAGACCUUUUAGCAAUUCUGAAAAUAUUUUAAAUGAUUUAAAUAUAAUAGUCUUAUACACUAAUCUGAAUAGUUGAAAGUUCAAAUGAAAAUGUUGAUACAAAGGAGAAAAUGUAUGGUACUUUAGUCAUAUCUAUAAAUGUUUCUUUACUAUCGGUCUGCUACAUCCUUUUCAAAUUAAAUUGUUGUGGUCAAACAUUUCCUGUGACAUAACAAAGACUUUGCUUUGUAGAUGUUAAAAAUAACUUAUCUAAUAAUGUUUUCCAUAUAUCUGUGCUUCUGGGUAAAUAGAUCCCCUGGAAAGAGCACGCCCAUGCCUGGACAAAAACAUUUCUCCCUCAUGUUUUAAGUAGUACAAAUACCACACCUAUUCACUAUUUUCAGAGAAGUGUCUGAUCUCUGCUCCUUUGCCACUUGAAUUGUCUUUGUACAAAGUACUCUUCCCACCCAGCCUCUAUCCCCCUCAAAGGAAGAUCAUCCUGCUGUCAAGACCAUUGAUGGAGUACAUUUUUUUGUAGUUAGUCUGAAGGUCCUAGUAGUGAUGAAGCAAUGCUAGAUUUUUCCAGAUGUACCUUACAAGGCCUGUUGUGUAACAGUUUGAUGUCAGUAUUUUCAGAUCCUUAAAGGAUCGGCUACUUUCCUCAGAGUUCUCUUUGAAGACAUACCAGUGUGCAGUUAGAUCCUGUAGUAAAGAUUCCAAACAAAUACUGUACAAGACAUUCGCUAAUCUGCAUGGUCAUCUUUUGCUGGGGGGGAAGGAAUGGGCAGUACAGUGUCUCACAGGCUCCUUGUAUAGAGGGAAAAGUAGAGGAUAUUCCUCCUGUUAAAGUCAGAUGCUAGUCUCAAAAUGACUUCACCCCUGCUCCAAAGACAAAUACAGGAUUCCUGCAAGUACAUUAACUCACAGCCAAUAUAACAUGCUGUUGCUUUUGUGGAGUUUGUGGCAAUGGAUGCCUGUGACAAUCAAAGCUGUUAACUUCACUUACAUGUCAACUCUGUGGCAGUGCAGCAGGUUUUGGAUUACAAAUCUGUAACGCUGUACUAUAGACAGGUAUUAUUCUUACCUUCCAUAGAAGUGCUUGGUUAUGGUGGAUCUGUACAGCACCUCAAAUGUGUGCACUUCUGUUACUUUAAAUGUGGUAUCUCAAAGCAAAACACAGGCUUGCAAAGCUGUGGAUUGUUAUGGGGUCUAGCAAUGACACCACUAAUUUAAACAGAAGAUAAAGUAACAUCCAUAAACUUCUUUUCAGCUUAUUCUGUUCCUGUUCUUUCUGUAAACACGUUUUAUGUAACACCAAAUAGUUAAGCAACCCCCCUCUUGUCAUUCAGAAAUAUUUCCUCCUUUUUGCCCACUUUUAAAAAAAGUCCCAUAACAUCUGAUCCUUCAUAAACUUUCACCCAACGAGAGGCAGCAAGAAUGAUUACAAUCACUGCUGUGUAGAUAGUAAAUGUUGGGUGUUUGUAUUAUGGAUUCCUUGACUUUUUUUUUAAAAAAAAAAAGACAGUAUUGCAGUUAGAAACUUCUCCAGGUGACUCCUGCAUUAAGCUGUCUCUCCUCUGCAUAUUCAUGUUCCUUGCUAUUAACCCACACUCAGCAGGUAGGGUUUUGGCCCAUGAAAAAGUAGUUUUGGCUAUUAUUCUCUUAUCUAGAAUAGUUUACAAUAUUGAAUGCUACCUUCUAUAGCAAGUGAAACCUCACAAAUAACAAAAUCAGCUGCUAAAACUUUUUUUAAUCUUUUUUCUCAUAUUACGUGGACACAGUCUAUAAUGUAAAUCACAAACCUUCACUGAGAAAUGGACGCUCUUUUUGUAGUGGAAGGGAGCAGAAGCAGAGCCAGAGGCUUGCCAGCCUUAAUUUCUGCUUUUAUUAGAGGACUGAUAGGUCAAGUGAAAGUACUUCUCACCUCAAUGUUUCCUCUCUGGUGAAGACAAGAAUAGGCUAGGAAAGGCUGCUACUUGCUGUUGCAUCUGUAGGAGGGGACCAAAACUAUUGUGGGAGAGACUUCCCACAGUCAUUUUCCUGUGGAUAGGGGGAAUGAUAAGGGAAGAUUGGGACUAUGGGAGAAUAAGACAAAGGCUGUCACAUGGAAUGGGCAUAUUCCACAGCUUUGCAGCCUGCUUAGGGUAAGAAUGUAAGCGACUAGUCGCUUCUUCCCCCUUGUUGCCUCUAUCAGAGAGUGGCAGCAAGGGUGGGGGGAGCUGGCUUAAAGCCGGUUCCCCCCCAGUACCAUCUCUGCAGGGGGCAGUGGAGGUAGAGGCUCAGUGGGAAACAGCAUGAGCGGGGAAUGAAGCAGUCUCUGCUCACACCACUUCUGCUGAUCUGCUUUUGAAAUGUACAAGAACCAGAGUGGGGCUCUUGUACAUUUCAAACGCUGAGGCACCACAGGGAACACCAGGCCUUCUGCUUUCAAACUGUAGUAAGAGCCAUGCAGGGCUCUUGGUACAGUUCAAAGGCAAAGCUGGCCUUAUAGACUAAUUGAAUAGUCAAUGGAAAUCUUAUUGACUAUUGGAUUAAUCUAAAUUUAUCAGAAAGUGCUGUGUGGUUCCUGCUAGGCUAAGAGUUCAUUUUAUCAUUUCUGUACCUCAGUGUAGAGAUGUCCUCAUGGACAAAGCAGUUGAGUGUCUUGUGCAGGAACACACUUGGUGGUUCAGGAGAGUGCAGAGAGAUGUUAAAUGGCCUGCUUUGGGGCUGCAGGCAGGCCAUUUACAUCCGUUGUGAUAUCCAGAAAGGAAAAGUAUAGCGGGCCACUAGCAGCCUUUGGGUGCUCUUGCCCCAAAUAUCUUCAAGAACAUAGCAUACUGAUUCAUUCACUCUUCUUUCCUGGCUACAGUUACCCAGAUUUCCAGAAAAGUCAUGAGUCAAUGUGGCCAUGAUUCAGAUUAGGAUAUCUUUAGUUUGAUGUCAGACCCCUGAAGUGUACUGAACUCUGCUGAGGGAUCUGCUUUCCAUUGAAUGGAAUCUUCUUGAAGAAAAGGCAAUGGGAUUGUUGCUAAAAGGUACUUAAACCACUUUCCUGCCCUUUGCAACAUUGACCAGUCUUGUCUUCUAUACAGCUUUUAAAAAAUGGCAUGUUCAAGAUUCCUUUGCUAGGCUAAGUUUAUUUUAUCAGCAUUUGUUUCAAUGUUCUAAACCCUCUUCUGAUCAGGAUUUACUUUAAGAACAUUGACAUUCUAGCUCACAUAAGCAUUGUUCUUCAGCUUUCGAGGAUGUAUAGUAUCUAUCACAAGCAGUGUCGUGACAGUCUUGGAGUUGGAGACUUUAAGACUUCUUGAGAAUUAUGAGUGUUGCCCUUGUUGCAUAGUGUAAAUAAAGUGUGUAGGUAUUCUGGUAGAUACAGCUCCAAAAAACUUCCUGUGAGGUGGGUAAAAGUACUGUAUCCAUGCUUCAGCUUUUGUGAUCUCAUAUUAGGGAUGUUAUGUAGGACACUGAUGUCUUGCAUAUUGGGCACUUUCGAAAGAUCCUGGGACUUAGCCCUCACAAACUGAAGAGACUGUUUCUCCUAUGUUUUUGGUGACUACAGAAAUCCAAGUUUAAUUAUCAGUGAAAUUUCCUCAAUUUUAAUAAGCUAUACAGCUGUUGUCUAUUAUCUCCUGCAAACUUUGAUGAUAAACACUGAAAAUGUGUGUGUAGCUGUAUUUGUAUAAAUGUGUGAUGUGGAGGCAGAUUACAUGAUGCAAAUGCUAAGAACUUUGCCUGGAUGAGCAGCGCUAAACUCAUUCACUUCCAGAUUUUUACUGUUCAUGCAGGAGCAAGCCUUAUUGUGAAGGGACGUAUAAUUUUUUGGAGCUAUAGAUCCUAUUGGCUCAAAAAGGCUUGUGUCCAUGAAAAAAGCAGUAUUUAUAUAAUGAAGCUCUUUCACACACAAUUCUGACUGGGAGCCGAGUAGUCCAACUGGAUCACAUCACUUUCCAACCUUUGAUGAGGUUCUGUGCUUGUUUGAGUGGUUUCCUUUGGGGAAUCAGACCAUUAUUAAUGUCUCAGCUGUGGAAAGAAGGUACAUGAUUUGCUAAAGCUGGGCUCUGUGGAAGCUACGGCUAGCUCUCCUCUUUGUGUUGGUAUUUUAAAAACUGAUGUGUGGUAUUUUUAUUACUUGAAACAUCUGGUGAAUACUUCAGCCCUUUUGUCUUUAGGCUAAUAUUUUACUAAUCAAACUAUGAAUCACUCCUGCAAUGUCUCAUGACCCAGAAACUGUCAAUCCUUUCAGGUAAGUAAUUCUCUUUGAACCAGAGCAGUGUAUUUUCAGCUAAAUUGGGAAAUUUAUAAUCAAACUGGUAAUCAGCAUUUCCCUGUAACUUGUUUCCUCUGCUUUGAAACACAGCUAUGAAUAGUAAAUUCAGAAAUGGAAAAUGUUUCUUAAAGUGUCUAAAGCAUGCAAUGGUCCAUUCUGCCUUAGUGACAAUGAAUGGGGAUAGUUGCUAUAUUAAAAGCCUAUGUACUAAGCUUGACUGGAUAUUGCAAAGUCUCCUUUAACUUGUGGCAGAACUCACAACUGCUGUAUCUAAUUAAUUAAAAAAAAACCAAACUAGGAACUAUAAUCAAUUUUGAUAGGUGUUAGCUGUCUUUCAGAUUGGUGGCAGUCAGUUAUAAUGUGUGUAAUAUUCUCUACCUGGUUUUUAGCUGUAACUGUGAUGUACAGAAGAAGCAAAAAAUAAAGCAGCAAAUGAAAACAGAAGCAAAUAAUGUUAGGAUACACAUUUUUGUAUUUUUAUUCUUAUAAGGUUAUUUGCUGGCUCGCGUUGGCCUCUAGUUCAGUCUGUGUUAUUUAAAUUCUAAUAUAUGGAUUAUUUGGAUUGAGUUCAUGUUCGGGGCCAUGGUGUUGUAUGUAUUGAUGUACAGCCUUGAAUGUGAAUAAUUAUUGUAAACUAUAUUUUACACUUCUCUGGCUUUGUUAUAUACAUUUUCUAUGGGUCGAUGGCUGAAUGCGAUCCCUCCGCGAAUGCCUGUCCCCGCCGCUCGUGCUGUAGAUGUGCUGGUGCCUGAUGAGGAGUUGUCACUGCUCGAUAGACUUGUAAUAAAAGCAUGUAGGGUCCUC